AGCUAUUAAACGCCUUUUGUAAAUCAAUUGGGAUCCCGGUCGUUGCCCCAAACGCGCACCUCUCUCUCUCUCUCUCUCUGCAUCUUAUCUCUCUCUAGAUUGUUAUUCCAAUCAAAUUAGUACGUAUAAACCAGAGUGAAAACUCCUUGAUUUCUCUCGCGGGGAUUACAGCACCCCAUCUCCGUCGAUCUACUUCAGUUUACCUUCUCAGCCUCUGCACUAUUACGUGGAUAAAAUUGGGUUUCUGUUCAAUCAAUGUCUUAAACUGUAUGUUGUCUCAAAAAAAAAAAAAAUUGUCUUCAACUGUAUGUGAAUGAAGUGGAGAAUGUCCUCUUAUUUAGGCUGAGGUUGGGGGAUCGAGGCUUGAAUAAUGACAACUGCCAAUGUGCUGAAAGCCUGAUACAGAGAUUGCCAGAGUGAGGCAUAUAGAGGUAUAUACCAAAAUGAGGCACAAACAACAGCUGGUUCCACUUGGGACUUUGAUUGGUCGUGAGCUGAGAAAUGAGAAGUUGGAGAAUCCCACAGUGAAGUAUGGGCAGGCUGCUCUGGCUAAGAAAGGAGAGGACUAUUUUCUCAUUAAACUUGAUUGUCAAAGAGUUCCAGGAGAUACAUCAACUUCUUUUUCAGUAUUUGCAAUUUUUGAUGGGCAUAAUGGUAUAUCAGCUGCUAUUUUCACCAAAGAGAAUUUACUGAACAAUGUAUUAAGUGCUAUUCCCCCAGCACUUGGAAGGGAAGAGUGGCUUCAAGCCCUUCCUAGGGCAUUAGUGGCAGGCUUUGUGAAAACUGACAUAGAGUUUCAGCAGCGAGGUGAGACAUCUGGAACUACCGUUACAUUUGUUGUUAUUGAUGGUUGGACUGUGACUGUUGCAUCUGUUGGAGAUUCUCGGUGUAUAUUGGACACCCAAGGAGGGGUUGUAUCUCUUUUGACGGUUGACCAUCGGCUGGAAGAGAAUGUUGAGGAGCGGGAGCGUAUAACUGCAAGUGGGGCUGCAGUAGCAAGGCUCAAUGUUUUUGGAGGAAAUGAAGUUGGUCCAUUACGUUGCUGGCCUGGCGGAUUAUGUCUUUCAAGGUCAAUUGGUGACACAGAUGUUGGGGAGUUUAUUAUCCCAAUUCCUCAUGUUAAGCAAGUCAAGCUUUCAAAUGCUGGGGGAAGACUUAUAAUUGCCUCUGAUGGAAUAUGGGAUGCUUUGUCUUCUGAUAUUGCUGCUCAGUCUUGUCGGGGUUUACCUGCAGAGCUUGCUGCAAAGUUGGUUGUUAAGGAAGCCCUCAGGUCAAGAGGUUUGAAGGAUGAUACAACAUGCUUGGUUGUUGAUAUUAUUCCUUUUGACCCUCCUUUUUUGGCCCCAACGCCUAGAAAAAAGCAUAAUUUGCUUUAUUCACUUAUAUUUGGGAAAAUUUCUCAAAAUUCUAACAAAGGAGCUAAUAAGCUAUCUGCAGUUGGAGUUGUUGAGGAAUUAUUUGAGGAGGGUUCUGCAAUGCUUGCUGAGAGGCUGGGCAAGGACUUCCCUCUGGAGUCGAAUUCUGGGCUCUUUAGAUGUGCGAUCUGCCAGAUUGAUCAGCUCCCCGGUGAGGGCUUAUCCGUUAACUCGGGCCCAUUUUUCACUCCUGGAUCCAAGCCUUGGGAAGGUCCUUUUCUCUGUGUAAGUUGCCGCAGGAAGAAAGACGCCAUGGAAGGGAAGAGGCCUAUGACGCCUGCAGUCACUGCAUAAAUCUGGUAACCUAGCAAAUUAUUGGUAAAUAUCUUUCUGUGAUACUAUGAGCGUGCUUCAUUUUGCCUCUGCGAGGAUCAUUAUAUGUGUGUGUGUGUGUGUAGUGGUUUAUAGGGAGCACUCUUUUUUUGCUGUGGUUCCUAUCUGUGUCUGAGCUCGGCCAUCUCACCGAUGCUCGAUCCUAACAGACACAGUAAUUCAUGAGUAUGUAAUCUGACAACUAACGGUUUGCGUAUGGAGAAAUGAUGUUUGCAAACGGAAAUUAUUCAUUGGA